AUGGAUAUCAGCGAUGAUGAUGAAUUUCAUUCAUCUCUGGAACCUGUGGUGAUAAUAAAUGAUGAGGAUGAUUUGGAAGAGGAUUGUGGAAGCGAUUCUGAUCCGCUAAGAGGAGGUAAUGUAGAAAAUGUAAGAAUUAUAAAUUCAAUUGGACCAGAGAUUUCAAUUAUACCUGUUAAAAAGAAAAAACCACAAUUUAAGAUAAGAUUGUUUCAAAAAGAAUUUUCUCCAUCAAAUGAUGAUAUCAAUAAUAAAGUGCACAGCAUUACUAGGUAA